CCGAAGAAAUCCGGCGUGCUGCCGAGGGAGACAUAUAGCCAGCUGAGAGUCGACUGAACAUCAGGUCGACCGAGGGAGGGUAAGCAGGCGCCGGAGGAGCUCCUCCGGUCGAUCGAUCAAAUGCGCGCGCAUGGCAACACCCGGCGGCUCAUUGAGCGGCGCACUAGCGGCGCCUGUUCUCGUCCGUGCUUGGCCUGCAACGUCUCCUCUGUGGACGUGUCAGAGAGUUGAGUACGUACUGUCUUUCUUCGAGCAGCUCGGCCUAAUCGUGCGCAUCAGGUAUGCGAGGGAGGCUCAGCACGCCACAGAAGCCCGAGUUUACCGUGCGCUUUCCCUGCGAGACGAUCCCCGCGACUCAAUUCACACCGCACGAGGCGCAACCCAGUGACUCCGGCGGGAUCAUUCCGAGACCGACUGUGCCGCUCAUGCUGCCGCUCAACAACGACCCACGGCCGUAUUCUUAGAUUAGCAUCCCAUGUGCCCGUCC